CCAAGGAAUUAACAGCUAAGAAUGAAAUAAGGAAGAAGGGGACACAUAUCAUCAUUCUAAUCAAUUUCUUCUGUGCGCGAGCGAGCGAGAGAGAGAGAUGGGUGCUUCUAUAUCAUCAUCAGUGUCCGAGAAAUCAAUCCAUCAAUUCACCGUCAAGGAUAGCUCCGGCAAGGAGGUUGACCUAAGCGUAUAUCAAGGGAAAGUGUUGCUCGUCGUCAAUGUCGCUUCUAAAUGCGGAUUCACGGAAUCCAAUUAUACCCAGCUGACGGAACUUUACCGGAAAUAUAAAGAUCAAGGGUUUGUGAUAUUGGCGUUUCCUUGCAACCAGUUUCUCUACCAAGAGCCUGGCACCAGCCAAGAUGCUCAUCAAUUUGCCUGUACUCGGUUCAAGGCCGAAUACCCCGUUUUCCAAAAGGUGCGUGUCAAUGGACAAAACGCUGCACCAGUCUACAAAUUCCUCAAAUCUAAGAAACCCUCUUUUCUUGGAAGUCGUAUCAAAUGGAACUUCACCAAGUUCUUGGUCGGCAAAGAUGGCCAAGUCAUUGAUCGUUAUGGCACAACGGUGCCUCCUCUAUCCAUCCAGAAAGACAUCGAGAAAGCCCUUGCACAAGUAUUAUGAACACGCACAGACAUUGGAAGAAACUUCUUCUCUUACUCUCCAUCACCUUGUCUAGUUUCCCUUCCAUAUGGGCCUUGUAUUCAUCUUAUGUGUAACGCCAUUUCUUAUGUGAAUUUUGAUCAAAGGUCAUACGAAUAUGUUGAUUUGAACCCAA